UUCUUCUUCCACGCGCGCUCGAUUCCAUUUUCAUCUCUUCCUCCUCCACCUCCCUGAAUCCAUGGCGAUGGGGUUCAACGCCCUUCGCGUCUCUACUCCACCCCCGACCUCGUCGCGCGACCUCGGGGCCCCUCGCCCCUCCCCUCUCCUCCUCCGUCCCCUCCACUUCCUCAGCCGCCGCAACGCCCCGCUCUCCGCCGCCAAAAAAACCCUACCCUCGCCGGAGAAGACGAAGAUUAAGAGUCGAUUCUCCUAUCGAAGAAAUGGAGUCGAAGAAGAAGAAGAAGAAGAGUUUGGUGAGGAGGAGGAGGAGGAGGAGGAGGAAGGGGGAGAGGCUUCUUCGUCGUCUUCGUUCCCAUCUCUGAGCGAGAAGCCCGAUAGGAGCAUCGCAUUGCUCGACGACUACGAGAUGGAGGAGCUCGACUCCUCCGAUUGCCCUAAUCAUCGAACCGGAUAUGUUGCUGUGUUAGGGAAGCCAAAUGUGGGAAAGAGCACUCUUUCAAACCAAAUGAUAGGUCAGAAGCUCUCAAUUGUUACAGAAAAACCUCAAACAACACGUCAUCGUAUUCUUGGUAUAUGUUCUGGUCCUGAAUAUCAGAUGAUACUCUACGAUACGCCUGGUGUUAUGGAAAAGAAGAUGCACAAACUAGAUAUUAUGAUGAUGAAUAAUGUGCGAAGCGCUUCUAUUAAUGCAGAUUGUGUGCUUGUCGUUGUUGACGCAUGUAAAGUGCCUCAGAAGAUUGAUGAUGUGCUUGAAGAAGGUAUUGGUGCCCUAAAGCAGAAACUUCCUGUUUUGCUGGUAUUAAACAAGAAAGAUCUAAUAAAGCCUGGGGAAAUUGCAAAGAGGCUGGAGUGGUAUCAAAAAUUUACCGAUGUUGAUGAUGUUAUCCCUGUUAGUGCUAAAUAUGGUCAAGGAGUUGAUGAUGUCAAGGAUUGGAUAUUGUCAAAACUCCCGUUUGGUCCUGCUUAUUAUCCAAAGGACAUUGUAAGUGAACACCCUGAGAGGUUCUUCGUAGCCGAAAUUGUGAGGGAAAAAAUCUUCGUGCAAUACAGGAACGAAGUUCCAUAUGCGUGCCAGGUCAAUGUUCGGAACUACAUUGCUAGACCUACUUCAAAGGAUUUUAUUCAAGUUGAAAUAGUUGUCGAGAAGGACUCACAGAAGAUGAUUCUCAUUGGAAAGGAGGGAAGGGCUUUAAAGGUGUUGGCAACUGCUGCGAGGCUCGAUAUCGAGGAUUUCCUGCAGAAGAAAGUAUUUCUGGAGGUAGAAGUAAAGGUGAAAGAAAAUUGGAGGCAAGAUGAGGGCCUUUUGAAACAUUAUGGAUAUGGCGGUCAAAUUCGUGUUCUUUGAAAUGGGUCGUUUGAUCCUCCGCGCACAUUUUGUAGGUCUCCUCAUGAAGUGCGAAAUUUUGUUCAGCGGUUAACUUCUUUUGUCUUUUAUUAUUUUUUUUUCUUAUACGAGUUUUUUCCACUUUUUCUUGGCACAACCAUGGAAUUAUUUCCUUGUAAAUUUUGGCUUUAAUUAUCUUUUAUAUUACCCAGGUUUAAAUGUC